UUUGCACUGACCAGCGGGCGCAACGGUCACGAUUCAAAAGAUUUGCACGCGGCAGGCGACGAACCCCGAAACCACCGGCCGAACGAGCUUUCGAUCGUUCGCUCGCUCGCUCGUUCGUUCGCGCUCUCGUUUUUCUUUUCUCUCGUCGCAUUGCCCGAUUACUAACAGCAGCAGCUGGACUGUACCGAGUGUGCGGUGUUGUGUCUCGUGCGGCUGACCGUAGUGAAGCCGUGUCAGUUUGCAGCCGAUCGUCACCGACGGAGGAUCAGCAAUUGUGCCCCCUUUUGCUUGAGCGAGCCUUAUAAAAACCAGUAUCGAAAGCUUAACAGUGUUCUAAGUGCUAGUGAGUGGUGCGUGAGUUUUGCGUGAAAAGUUUCCGUGUGAACGACAGCUUCAACGAACCGAACGCAACGAUGACGGUGUCCAUCUACGACGAUGAGCUGCUGGCACAAACGGGCGGCGGCCAAUCGGACCCACCGCUAACCCCGAUGACGACCGGCAAGAUCGAGGAGCAGCUCACCGAAAUACAGCAGUUUUACGACAAAUGUAACGUCUUCAUAACGGGCGGAACCGGAUUUCUGGGCAAGACCCUCAUCUACAAACUGCUGACCAGCUGCCCGGGAAUCGAAAACAUCUUCUUGCUGGUGCGAAGCAAGCGCGGCAAAGACAUAUUCUCUCGCGUGGAGGAAAUCUUCGACGAUGCUAUGUUUGACAAAAUGAAGCAAGCCUGUCCGAAGUACGAUCACAAAAUUCGCGCCGUCGCGGGCGACUGCAUGCAGCCGGGCCUGGGCAUCAGUUCGUCCGAUCGCGAAGUGUUGACGGAAAAUGUCAACAUUGUGUUUCAUCUAGCCGCCACGGUGCGAUUUGAUGAGAAGAUGAAGACGGCCAUGCAGAUCAACGUGAAGGCGUGCCGGGAUAUGCUGGACCUCUGCCACGACAUGAAGCACCUCAAGUCGGUGAUCUACGUAUCGACCGCCUACACACAGUGCCCCCAGAACACGGUCGACGAACGGUUCUACGAUCCACCGAUCGAGUCGGAGAAGAUGAUACACCUGACCGACUGUGUGACGGACGGUAUGAUCGAAAAGAUUACCCCGGUACUGCUCGACAAAUGGCCAAAUACGUACACGUUCACCAAGGCCAUCGCGGAAGAUGUGGUGCGCAAAAACAGUCGCGGAAUGCCCGUGGGAAUGUUUCGACCAGGAAUUGUCAUUGCAACGUACCAGGAACCGGUACCGGGAUGGAUCGAUAACUUCUACGGCCCGACGGGUGUGAUUGCCGGCGCUGGAACCGGUGUACUCCGAACGCUGCGUGCCGAUCCAACCAAGGUGGCCAACAUGGUUCCAGUCGAUCUGUGCGUCAACGGUAUCAUCUCUUCCGCCUGGGACAUUGCCGAACGAUUCCGAACCGAGAUUUUGCCCGAUCCGGAAAUCCCGAUCUACAACUUUUGCACCGAGCCGAACAAUUGCAUCACGUGGGGCGACUUUACGCAUACCACCAUCAAGUUCGGCUCGAUGUAUCCCACCAUGAAGGCGAUCUGGUACCUGUGCUACGCCAACAAUCCCAACAUACUGCUGCACUAUCUGUCCAUCAUCUUCCUGCACUAUGUGCCCGCCGUCGUCUGUGACAUCAUUGCGGUGCUGAUCGGCCGAAAACCGAGACUCCUGCGAAGCUACAAGAAGAUUCACCGCUUUAUGGACGUGAUUGAGUACUUCUCGAUGCGCGAGUGGGAGUUCCAGAUGGACAAUAUGAAUGGGCUGUGGCGCAGGCUGUCCAGUGCGGACCAGAAGCUGUUCUUCUUCGACAUGCGCCAAAUCAACUGGGACUACUUCCUGGAGCAGUACUUCUGCGGUAUCCGUCGGUAUCUGCUGAACGACCCGAUGGAAACCGUUCCGCAGGCGGUGGUCCGCUGGAAUCGCCUGUACUGGGUACAUCAGGUAACGAAAGUGAUCGUACUGCUGCUGCUGUACAAGCUGGUGAUGUCGGUUUGGGGUAUGCUGAGCUAAGCUGGCCCCAGCCGCUGGUGACGCUAAUCGCGAUGAUCCAAUCCACACCUUUACCUACAUAGAAUGUAUGGUAUGGAAGAAGAAAAAAAAACAGACGAGCAGAAGAAGGGAACAGCAGAUGAUACUAUUUAUGCUGCACCUAGCGCAACAGCAGCAGCCAUCAUCGCUAUCGAAAAGCCACGAUCGAAUCGUGUUGUCUGUGAGACCGCAUCGCACGUACCAGAUACAAAGCCCAUCUCUGCAUGCAUCAUUGUUGUUUUGAUUAACUCUAAUCUGUACAGUUUAGGGUCCGUGCGGCCCAUCGAUAGAGGGAAAACGUCGACCAACGUCGACGCUAGCGUGUAAGAUACAGUAAAAUCAUUAGGGAGAAGAUGUAGUAGUUGUUAGUGGUGAGCAGUGCCACGCGAUUCGGGAGCUUGCUCUUUCGCGCGGUUACGGGCAGCAAGAAACCAACCAUUCCAAAUACAUCUUCAGUAAGAAGGGUUAAUGCUUCACCUUUUUCUCCACUUCCGGGAGGUGGUCAGGUUCGCUCGACACAAGUAAUGGUGCUUGGUAUACACCAUUCAAACGUUAUCAUACGGGGGUUACAAAAAACAAUCCUUACAUUAAAUAUUCUAACUCACCACCACCAUCGCCUCUAGACAUUUUGCUAAGGGUUGCAGUAGCUUUUCAGCCUAGCGUAUCUUUUUUUACCAUGUUAGCCGUAAAGCAAAGUGAAUGUUUGGAAGAUGGCCUUAAUGCGUAGCAUAUAUACAUAUACACACACAUAUAUUUAGUCGAUCAAAUCCGCCAAUGAAACACGAUGUUAACUUCCGCCGGGAGUGUUAAAGGUAACGCAACGUUUAAUGUUUUUUUUUUUUCUUCUGUAAGCAAUUAUUAUGUACAAUUGUGAAAGCGAAGGUGAAAUUUUGAUUAAUCAAAUAAACGUGCGUGAAAGAUUCUAAAAAAA